CCAUUAAAAUUCCUCCCCUCCCUUCCUCUCCUCUAAGUUAACCAAACAUAGCCUAAAACAUAGCCAUUAUUGAUUGAUAACGUUAAUAUAUUUUUCACCACAAAGGACACUGGAGAAUGCUCUCUAUUACUCAAACGAUCCCUUCAAAUCCCCAUAAAAUUUCAUGCGAUUUUACAGGCUUUCACGCUGCUCUUCACCGGCGUUUGGGUUUCUCGGACCUUGUCGUCACCAAAUGCGUUUCAAGAACAUGACAACUGAAGAAAUUAAUGAAGCGAGGUUGAGACGAUCCCAGAUAACUGCUAAGGUCAACAAAUUCCAGCAACUUCUUCACUCAGACACCACCAAUAACUGGGACAAGUGCUGGGAAGAAGGUUUGACGCCUUGGGAUUUAGGGAUUCCCACCCCUGUUCUUGUGCACCUUCACAACACAGGAUCCCUACCCAAAGGCAGAGUUCUUGUUCCUGGCUGCGGUAGUGGCCAUGAUGUGGUAGCAAUUGCAUGUGCCGAGCGUCAUGUGGUAGGUAUAGACAUAUCAGACAAUGCUAUCAAGAAAGCAGCUGAAUUGUCAUCUCGGUCACCAAAUGCAGAGCAUUUUACUUUCUUAAAGACGGACUUCUUCACUUGGCAUCCAGCUGAGUUGUUUGAUCUCAUUUUUGACUAUACGUUUUUCUGUGCCAUUGAACCAAAGUUAAGGUCAUUGUGGGCAACAAAAGUUAAUGAUCUUCUAAAACCCGAUGGCGAGCUCAUAACACUAAUGUUUCCGAUUGAUGACCACGAGGGUGGCCCUCCGUAUAGCGUAUCGGUUACCGAUUAUGAAGAAGCAUUGCACCCUGUCGGUUUUAACGCAACUUAUAUUGCGGAAAAUGAACUGGCUAUUACCCCUCGACUGGCUGUAUCCUUAACUUUUGCAUUCAAGAUUCUUCAGGAGUUAAUUGCUAUGGAGGAGAGAACGUAAUUAUCUUUAUCUUGUAUCAUAAGACCACAACUUAUGAUGUUUCUUUCACUGGUGUUCCAGUUUCUGGUGAAUGCGAUACAUAUGAGGACAGAAUAUUAGGUUAACACUAUAUGUAUAAAUAAAUCUUCUUUGUAUAUAUAGAUGCAGAUUUUUCCAGGAGAGGACCAAGAUACUAUGUCUGGCAUGUUUUUUGUGCAAAAUAUACCUGUAUUUGCUUUAUGUGAUCCUCGUGCCACGCAUUCCUUUAUCUCGUCAAGUUGCCUAGAAGCAAUCGGAAUUCAG